AUGAAACUCAAAAAUGGGUUAUUAUUGUUCUUUAUGUUUGUGGAUUGUAUUUUUCUCAAAGUGGAAUCCAAGUGUGUGAAAGGGUGUGAUGUAGCUUUAGCUUUCCUCUAUGUCAUGCCUUUAGUUGAACUCUCAAAUAUAACAACCUUUAUGCAAUCAAAGAUUGUUACUGAUUCUCCCGAGGCUAUAAUCAGAUACAAUAGAGAUAUAGUAUUAAGUAAUGAUAAUCUUUUUUCCUAUUCUAGAAUCAACAUUCCAUUCCCAUGUGAAUGUAUGGGAGGUCAGAUUUCAAAAGACUAUGGGUUGUUUGUUACCUAUCCACUCAGGCCUAGGGAUUCUCUAGAGAAGAUUGCAAGCCAUUCUAAACUUGAUGAAGGUGUGAUACAGAGUUACAAUUUGGGGGUCAAUUUCAGCAAAGGCAGCGGGAUAGUGUUCUUUCCAGGAAGAGAUAAUGGAGAAUAUCUUCCUUUAUAUCCUAGAACAGGUUUGGCCUCCUAA